AUGCAGCCUCACAUAUUCGUGACGAGCGCCCCCGAGGACGCUCCCGAGGACAGCACCAUCAGCAGUGGUACGAACGCAUCCUACUCCAGCCAAGGUACCAACGGCCACUCCGGGAGGCUGGGUCACCUCAGCGUCCCCACCUGGGAAACAGCACGUAGACCCUCCUUCCUUCCCAACGAUACAGAGAUGAAUAUCCGCCCAAAAGUGCGCAAGAUGUCCACUUACGACCUUAGCAUUAACGACACUAUGUUCACCGACUCCUUAGAGUCCUACAUUAACGGAGGGGCUCAUGAAGACUUGGUGGACAAUGAACCUCCUCCCUGCCUCAGUUACAUCACUCAGUGGGUCGUCGGCGACGUUCAGUACAUAACAGACUUCUUGGACCGCUGGCCAUUUUUCUCCUUCAUCCUCCCUCUUAAACUAGUGAACGCCUUACUGCGGACACUGGGAGCGCCCAUGUUGGCUAACAACCCGUUCAGUGGCGCUCUCAUACUCUUGGCACUGUUGCUGGAGGCCCCCCUGGUGGCUGUCUGGAGCCUUGGGGCAAUUCUAGUGGCCCUCUUGAUGGCACUCGUACUAAGGCAGCCGCAGCACAUUAUCUCCAGCGGCCAAGUGACCCAACACGGGCUCCUGCUAGGUCUCCUGGUAGGUCACUCCAUGACCCACCACCCUGAACACCCACUGUUUGCUGCAGCUCUCGCCCUCACCCUCACCGCGGCCAUCAGCGUGAUUCUGGGCAUCGCUGUAUCCACCUGGUUGUCUCAGACUAAUUUACCUGGACUGACUGUGUCCUAUAUCCUGCUGGGGGCUGCCUUGUGUCAGGGCCUCGGCUACCAUGACUUCUCUACAGCAGUCACUGUCGCCUUCCCUAACACCACCAUCACCCCGAGUAUACAGUGGUCCAUGGUGCUGCAGGGUGUGGCGCGGGGAGCUGGUCAGGUGUACGGGUGUGGUGGCCUGGCUCCCUCCUGCUUGGUGCUGGCGGCCAUGAUGGUUUUCUCUCCUGUGGUCUUCCUCCAAGCCGUCCUGGGCACCCUGCUGGGGGCCCUGUGUGGUGUGUUCGUGUCACAGCCGCCGUACUCCGAGGUCUACUCUGGGGUGUACGGCUGCCACAGCCUCCUGACGGGUCUCUCUCUGGGAGGUUUCUUCUUCGUGCUUAACUUCUACUCUAGUCUGACGGCAGCUUGCGGCGCUGUCUUCUCCGCCCUCCUCUUCCAUACCCUCCACAAGAGUUCAAUGCCAGUGUUGACAACGCCACACGUGGUCGCCACAUUAAUAUUGCUUCACGCCAGAAUCCGCGGAGGUCAGCUCAAGCGAGUCGACCUUAUCUACCUGACCUUUCCCGAGAUGCACCGCAGACUCUUCCGCCCUGGCAACGCUAUCGAGGACUGUGCCAUCGCCUGA